AUGCUAAUAUUUGCUAUUUUUAUAACUGCAAUUAUCUACCUUAUAUGCAAAUACCCCGACAGAGCUAUUGGAACUCCGAAAUUCAGGAAACUGCCUGGUCCCAGAGGACUUCCAAUACUCGGAAAUCUGAUAUCUCAACUUUUUCAUAUUGCGCGAGACAAGACGUCUUUGCAACAUACAACCGGCUUGUACAAUAAAUAUGGUCCCAUAUGGACGAUAUCCCUGCCUGGAAUUGGGCGAAUUGUGGGCAUCGACGAACCAUCAACGCUUGAAUACAUACUUAAAAGGAACUUUGAAAAUUACGUGAAAGGGGACUACGUGUUGAGCCGCCUACAUGAUGUACUUGGGCAUGGCAUCUUUGCAACAGACGGCGACGCUUGGAAACUACAAAGAAAGAGAGCAUCCAAUAUCUUCAAAGUGCGAAACUUUCGCGAAAUAAUCUGUAAAGCAUUCGCCGAAGAUGGCGACUUGUUGCUAAAGAUACUUAACUCGGCGUCGAAUAGCGAGGAAGAGCUUGAUUUACAAGGACUAUUUUUUCGAUACACUAUGGAUACUUUUGGAAAGAUCUGCUUUUCAAGGGACUUUCAAUGUCUUUCAAAGCCGAACGAGCCGAAUGCGUUUGCAUCGGCGUUCGAUUUCGCUCAAUCCGUUAUUGAACAUCGGUUUAUGUCUCCAUUUUGGAAAUUAACAGAGGCGUUUACUGAACGGGGCAGAAAAUUCCGUGAAGCCGUAAAGUUUUUGGAUGACUAUGCGUAUGGUGUGAUUAGAGAGAGAAGAGCCGACCCUCACGGACAUGCGGUUAAUGAUUUGUUGGAAUUGUUUAUGCAGGAGGACAUGAGUGAUCAAGAAUUGAGAGACUGCUUAUCCUUGAUUUUAUUUUCUGACAAACUUGAUUUUAGCAUGAUCGCUGGCAGAGAUACUACGGCUCAAGCCCUGAGCUGGAUGUUUUACCGAAUCUGUACAAGACCUGAUGUAGAAACAAGAUUAUUGAACGAGAUUAAUGCAGUACUCGGUGAUAAAACGGCACCAACCUAUGAAGAUACCCAUCUUAUGAAAUAUACCGAAGCAGUUUUCUUGGAAACCUUGCGUCUCCAUCCAUCAGUUCCAAGAUCCGCUAAAAUAGCGGUUAACGACGAUGUACUGCCGGAUGGAACAUUUAUUCCGGCAGGUACAGUUGUAUCCUAUCAUCAUUACAGUUUAGGUAGAUCAAAAAUAAUCUGGGGCGACAGCGCCGAAGAGUUCAGGCCCGAGAGAUUUUUAGAUGCAAAUGGAGAUGUACGGAAGAUCAGCCCUUUUAUAUUUCCUGUUUUUAAUGCUGGCCCGAGGACAUGUCUCGGACAACAGUUUGCUACCAUUGAAGUUCUUACGGUAGUUUCAAUGGUUCUGAAACACUUCAGAAUAGAAUUGAAAUCCAAAGAUGAACCAUUACCGGCUCGAUCUCUGACACUGCCAAUGGCUCAGCCGUUGCUUUGUAGAGUUAUAAUGAAAAACCAAAUAUUGAUAACAUCUUCAUUCAUACGUUCUCGUAAAUAUUCCAUCAUACUUGAUAAAGAAGGACCAUAUCAUAAACUUUUAAAAAGAAAAAACACACCAUCGGAAAAAGAAUUUAACAAAUUAAGCGUAUUUGAACAAGACAUUUGGGCUAGUCCUUAUGGUGCGACGUUUGAGUUGGUUUAUCCUCGAAUAUAUGUGCUUGGAAAUUUACAUUGGAGUUUCUUUUACACCUUCUUAGUGGCUGCUAUUGCGACACCCUUGCGUCGCUGUAUAUACCAUGACCGAUUGAUGCCGAGACAUAUCCAAUCGUCAAUAGAUUUCCUCAUUCGUUUCAUUAGACUAUAUGAUGAAAAGACACAUAGGCUAUGGCUUCUUCCCGAUAUAACAGGCAAGACGUACAGAGAUAAAAGACAUGGGCUUGCGUUUUAUAUCCGAUCACGAGCCGAUGUCAUCAAUGCUUUGACGCGAGAAGGAAAAUACAAACAGAUCGAGUCGAAAGCAUAUUGGAGACCAGAUAUGGUCCAUCAUGUAUGGCGAAUAUUGCUCAGAGACCUCAAGAAAGAAUGGGGAAAUAUCAAAACGACUGUUGAUAAUGCAGGCGUUAAAUUGCAAAGAACAGACCUAUUCAUACCGAUGUUGAAAGACAAUCGCAACCAACAACAAUACGACGUACAUUCCAACAGCAGACGCAUACCUGGAUUACAAUGUAUUCUGGUACUUGAUGGCCAAGAUGAGGGUAAUACGAUCAAUGAUGGACAAAAACAAUUACCAAUGGUUCCUUCGUCCCCCAUUGCCACUUCAGUGUCAGUCGGCUUUGUUUCUAGUCGAACAAAUCAGUAUUCAUUACAGCCAAACAUCAUGGCUUAUGACAUACGAAAAAUCUGGGGGGAAGAAGGUUUGAACAAUAUCAAGAACAUGCUUGACGAAAAGUAUAAAGAUGAAUGUCGAGCUGUGGGUGUAGUGAGACACGUAACUACGAAAUGGUUUGCAUUGACCUUGUGGAAAUUAUUGGAUUAUACCGAGUGA